CUUCUCUGGAGGCCCGAGGCCCUUCGUUGCAGGGUGCUUGGAAGCCAACCCGUAACCAGCCCAGAUUGGGAGUCGGUGUGCCCUGGCGGGUGUGUGUUUCGGCAUGCUCAGCCUGGGGUGGCAUAGUCAGCUUCAACACGUCGUCAGAAACUUUCCGCAUGCUCCGCAUGCUGAGACGGCAGGGCACCCCUCAUGAGGACAUAACCUGCAACUGCAUGAUUUCCUGUAUGUGGACUCAGCGAGUCUUCCACUGAUUUUGGCGAGCGCAUCUCCGGCCAUCUCGUUAGUCUCAAGGGCCUCGUCUCCCUCGCCAUGGCCAGCCCCCCUGCUGCGGCGGUGAGUGCGCGUCAUGCCGCGUGCGCAGCUCGCGGCGCUCGCGGCGCUGUGGCUGCUGGUCGCGCCGGCCGAGGGCGCGCUCGAGGUCAUCGGCUCGGGCUAUGGAAGGACCGGCACGGAGACGCUGCGCGUGGCGUUGAACACGCUCGGCUACAAGACGUACCACAUGAAGGAGAUCAUUGACGGCUCGCUGACCGAGCAUGUCAAGACCUGGCACGUGCAGCUCGAGAGCAAGUGUGCGGAUGUGCAGGCGUUGAAGUCGCUGUUCGAAGACCUCGGUUACACCGCUGCUGUCGACUUCCCCGCGAGCAUGUGCUGGGAGACUCUGAUGAAGGCGUACCCCGAUGCUAAGAUUGUGCAUACGCGCCGCAAGUCCUUCGAGGUGUGGUGGGAAUCGGCGACGAACACGAUCCUGGUCCUCGGCUCGACGUUCCCCUUCAACAUCUUGAACAGGGUGGUGCCCUUCUUCGUGGCCCACAAGGCGAUGGUCGACGCUCUGUUCAGCAAUAUCCUCGGCAAGCCCCUGUCGGCUGACGAGCCAGGUUUCCCCUGGGUCUACAAGGCGGAGUUCAAGGCCAGCUACGAGGCGAAUAACGACCGCGUCGUCGAAGUCGUCCCGCGUGAGCGCCUGCUCGUACAGGACCAUGCGAAGGGCUGGACCCUUCUGUGCGAGUUUCUUGGGAAGGCAAUCCCCGCGACCCCCUACCCCCACGUCAACACCCCCGCCGAGUUCAAGGCCCUUGCGCGCAGCCUCUCCAUUGGCUUCGGCUGCGCCGGGCUGGCCGCCCUCGCCGUGCUCGGGCUCGUGGUCAAGUUUGUGAUCGGUUUGUGCGCGGCGGGCGGCAAGACCAAGGGCGCCUGAGACCCGCGCUCGUCGAUCCGUCCCGUCUGCGGCACAGGAAGUUUCUGUCAGCAGUGUUCCGAGUCAGGAAAGAGGGCACUGCUUUAAAUGGGUGUUAUCCCAAAUUGACAAAUUGACAUCGGAUUCGUGGUCUCAAAGAGGCCCGGGCCAUGUGUUUCUUGUUUAAGGGAGCAUGUGCUGUGGAACAAAAGCAUGUAUGGGAUAGGCCACUCCAGCUCCCGUCGGAUGUUGCAGUCCAUAUCUGGCACCGCAGUCCUUUCUGCCACGUGCGCACCGCGCCUGUCCCCAUCUCCCUCUGGGCGCACACGGAGCGCCUCUGGAGCGCACGCCUGCCCAGCCAUCGGUUUUGCGCCCGCGGCUAUCCUGUCAGAGGUCUGCCACCUGUGCCCGCGCAUUCUACAGCACCUCCGGUAAGAGGAGGACCCUGGGCUAGCACAUCCCCGCGCGCCACAUCCUCGGGCCCAAGAGCACCAGAGCCUUGCUCAUGCGGCGAAAAUGGAGGCCUGUUCGCAAGGGGGAACAACUACAUGUGCU